AUGCCUCAUCGCCGUCUCGACGCCCUCGCCCGAGGACCUCGCCGGAGCUCCCUCGCCGGCCUGCCUCCACUCCGUCCGCGCCGUCCCCGUUCCCCCCACCUCGAGCAUGCUGCCCCGUCCCUACAGCCCCGCCGUGAGCGCCCUCCUCCUCUCCCCUCUUCCCCUGUCACCGCGCGCCCGAGGCCGUGCUCGCUCGCGGCCUUCCCGCGCUCGUCGCGCCUCCUCUGGAUGGCCAUCGCGCCCGAGCCGUUCCCCGUCGUCGCCUCGCCGUACACGGCCCGCCCGCCGCGCCUGGCCGCGCACCGCGCCGCCGUUGCCUCCCACCGGCGUUGGCCUCUGGCUUCGCCCCGCACCCUCGCCCCCGUACGCGCCCGUGGCCGUGCGUGGCCGCCUCUGCCCGUCCCCUGCUGCGGCUCUGCUCCGGCCAAGCCGCCGCACGCCGUCGCUCGCCCCCGCCUCCGCCUGCCGCGGCCGGCCGGCGAGCCUCGCCUCGCCGCGCCCCGACGGCGAACCAUCCACAGUACAAUCUGCUACAGAGUUCUUUCACAGGUCGGUGCUACAGGACCAGCUACACCGCCUCCUCCCUCCCGCACCCGCGCCUCCCCCGCGCCCAGCUCCUCCCGCCUCACCUCUCUCUUCCUCAAAACCCUAACCUGCGCCCGCCUCCCAGCCCCGCCGCCGCCGUCGCCUCCUCUCCUCUUCCUCCCGCCCGCGCCUCCCUGCCCCGCUCCCGUCCAGGGCCAGCCCCACACCGCCGUCAUCUCGCCUCCGCAUCCUCUUCCUUCCUCUCCUCCCCAUGGGACGACGGCGGCAAGGACGGCGCGCUGCGCCCGCCCCCUCCGCUCCACCAGAGCCCUCCCCGUCCCCGUCUGCGCCCUCGAGCUCGAGGACCCCCGGUCGCCCUCGGCCUCGACGUCCUACCGGGUCCUGCUCGCCACCCUCGCCUGCGCCGCCCUCGGAGCGCUCGCCUCCGCCCCCUCCACUUCGUUUCCUCCGUGCUUCGAUCUGGUAUAUCAGCGUCAAAUGACAAAAGAAUGCCUCCAGAAAGUUUGUUCAUCAGGCACAAGCGAACGACAAAAUUGGAAUUCUCUUUCAACAGAAGAUCUGCAUGAUCUUUUUACUCUUCAUGAACAAGUCAGUGCGAGAGAAAGUUGCAUGCUAUAUGAGUGUUAAACGCCAUCGAGCGAUCUGAACAGAGCCGUGGCUCGAGUCGUUUUCGCUGUCCUGAUCCAUGGGUCAGGAUUGAUGCUUUCCGGUAACUCCGACAGCAGCCGAGUAAACUCCGACAUUAGCCGAGUAAACGCAAGCAUGGGUCACUGGGAGCAGCUGUCUCCUACCUCUCGAGCCUGGAUCCAUCUUUUAUCGAGAGCGGCAGCCUCGGCGAGCCACCGUCUGUGAGAAGGGACCUGCGGAUACCCGUGAAGACGGGGUUCCUGCUGCAGCCGAUUAACAGACGCACCAUGAGGGAAGCAGUGUGGACGGCCAAAUCUGUGCGGCAGAAGUGGGGGCAGAGCCAGCGAUUGGGGAUUCCGCUCAGUCAUCUGAUUAAUCCAUAGAACAGAUCGAUCCCAAAUUGCCUGGAUAGACUAGAAGGUAUUCAUGUGGUAUAACUAUCACGUGCCUGAUCAUAUUCCUGUGGUACCCUGCAACUCAUGUGCUUGUGUUGAACAUUACAUGUGCUUAAGAUUUAUUAAACCAUGGAAUAGAUAUGGAAAAUUAGCAUAGAACUAUAGAUACUGUUUAGGCCUUGUGUACUUAUGUUCAGAUUGAAAAAUUCAUGUAUCAUGUCCUUCUGUAAGAAACUUUCUAAUCCAAAUGAUUGGAGUGCUAUCGUUUGGCCAUACAAAAGCAUAGAGGAAUUGUAAGUAAUGUGGUCGAUGCUCGAUAGUAUCAGGUUCGUGUGA